AUGUCUACUACUCGAGCUCUUUUCUCUCCUAUCAAAGUCGGUAACAACAACCUUCAACACCGUGUUGUUCUCGCACCUUUAACUCGUCUUCGUGCUGAUUUGGAUGGAGUUCCUACAGACCUCCAAGUCGAAUACUACAAACAACGUGCCUCAGAAGGCGGCCUAAUGAUUACUGAAGGAACGUUUAUUCAUCGCCUUGCAGGCAACUAUAAACAUGCACCUGGUAUUUACACCCAAGCACAAAUCGAAGGAUGGAAAAAGAUCACCUCGGCUGUCCAUGAAAAGAAGGCGGUUAUUUUUACACAGUUAUGGCAUGUCGGUCGAGCUGGAUCCAACGCAUUUAACCCCAAUGGCGAACAAGUGGUUUCUGCCUCUGCCCUCCCCUUACAUGGUACCAAUACCUUUGGUCCUGAAUAUGAUGUUCCUCGAGCACUUGAAAUCGAUGAGAUCAAGGUGAUUGUGCAACAGUACCGACAAGCUGCAUUAAAUGCUAUUGAAGCAGGAUUUGAUGGCGUGGAGGUGCAUAGUGCUAGUGGAUACUUGCUGGACCAGUUCAUCAACACAUCGAGUAAUCAUCGUACGGAUAUUUACGGGGGUUCCAUCGAGAACCGUGCGCGUUUUGCAUUGGAAGUCAUUGAUGCCAUUGUUCAAGCCAUUGGCCCUGAACGUACAGCGAUCCGACUCUCUCCCGGUGAGGUAUUUCAAGAAAUGCAUGACGAUACCGAGGUUGAAACAUGGAGUCAUAUCACAUCCGAACUUCAAAAGAAUCAUCCUCAGUUAGCCUAUCUUCAUUUCAAUCAAGCGCGAUCGAAUAUCUGGGGUGAGCAUAAUAGAGUCCCUCUUAAUACAUUGGAUCCUUACCGUAAGAUCUGGAAGGGACCUAUUAUUACGGCGAGUGGAUUUACAACAGCAUUGGAGGCUGCAUUUGACCUUGCUGAAUCUACGGGUAAUAUGAUUGCGUUUGGACGUGGGUUUAUCGCGAAUCCUGAUCUUCCUGAACGUCUUCGUCAUGGUUGGAAACUUAACCCAUAUGAUAGAAGUACAUUUUAUGCUCAAGGUCCAGUAGGAUACACCGACUAUCCAUUUUAUGACGCUGCAAAAAACUAG